AUCAUGACAUUGGAGGCGGUAAUGUAUCGCCGCAUCAGUCCGUGAUCCAUGAAAGGUCAAGUGCUGGACCGAGCACCAAUGGAGGGGAUGAAAUUUCGAUAAUAAGAAUUACAGCCGGUAAACUACGCCAGCCAGAGCCCCACCGAAACUUGGACAGACUAAGAAGUGGAGAAAAGGAGUGAUCAAGAUGGCAGCACAUACCUUUGUGGCAUUGGACUACGCUGUGCUAAUUUCGUUUCUCGUGCUGUCCGCCGGAAUCGGCGUGUACUUCGCCUGGCACGACCGCCGAGGGAAUUCGAACCGGCAGUUCCUAACUGCGAACAGGCAACUGAACUGGCUGCCGGUGUCGAUGUCAAUGAUGGCGAGUUUUCUCUCGGCCGCUUCGGUCCUAGGAGUGCCCGCAGAAGUGUUCGUCCGUGGUUCAACCUUUUGGUAUGGUUCCAUAUCUACCACCCUGGCGAUUCUCAUGGCUGCAUUCAUAUUCAUGCCUAUGUACUACAAGAUGGACAUCACCAGUAUUAACGAGUAUUUGGAGAAGAGGUUUUCCUCACGGGCCAUCAGGAAGAUAGGUUCCAUACUUUUCAUCGUACAUACGCUGCUUUACCUGGGCGUUGCGUUAUACGGUCCAUCGCUGGCCCUCGGAUCUGUGACCGGUUUUCCAGUAUGGUCCUCCAUACUACUGAAUGGUGCCGUCUGCACAUUCUAUACAUCAAUAGGCGGUAUCAAGGCAGUUGUAUGGACCGACGUUGUCCAAGUGAUCCUCAUAUAUGUUGCAUACAUCAUGGUCAUCGCAUCUGGCCUGCACCACUUGGGAGGCUUCGGUGCCAUGUGGCAGAUCGCCGGGGAUGGAGGCCGCUUGAUAUUUAAUAACUUUAGCCUUAGCCCGUACGAGACGUACACGACGUGGACAAUGGUUUUCAGCUGGACCAUCACCUGGAUGGGCAUGUACUGCGCCAACCAAACACAGGCGCAGCGAUAUGCUAGCAUCGGAUCACUCAGGGGCGCCCGAAUAGCUCUGAUGCUGAACAUUCCGGGCACGAUCCUUAACGUGUCGAUGGCCGUGUUGUCCGGGCUUACCCUGUACGCGGUCUACGGCAACUGCGAUCCCAGGCUCACCGGCGACAUCCGCAAGGCAGACCAGCUCAUGCCGUACAUUGUACAAGACAUGCUACACAACUACCCCGGACUGAGUGGUUUAUUAGCUACAGCUGUGUACAGCAGCUCCCUCAGUACGCUGUCAUCCGGGUACAAUGCUCUAGCGGCAGUGACGUGGGAAGACUUUAUGCGCCCUUGGAUAAAGUCUUCUGAAGCAACUGCUUUGCGGAUAACCAAGUUGACUGCUGCUUCGUACGGGCUCGUUUCUAUAGCAGUCGCAUUCCUCGUCGGCACUAUGGAAUCCAUCGUACAGGCUGCCUCAUCACUGUCAGGUGCCUUGUGUGGUCCAAUGGUGGCCGUCUUUGUCCUGGGCUUCCUUUUUCCCUGCUGCAAGAAAAAGGGUGCCAUCGUUGGAACUUUGGUGUCGAUAAUCAUAUCCGGCUGGAUGGCCCUCGGAUCUAUUCUGUACCCGAGGAAGCCGUACGCUCUACCAACCACCACCGCUGGAUGCUCGCAUUUCAACGAGACGAUCACAUCCGGGUCAUACGAGUCGCCUCCGUGGCCAAGUGGGAUCUACCAGCUCUACCACAUCUCGUUUAUGUGGGUUGCCUUCGUUGGAUUCGUCGUGGACCUGAUCGUCUCAUUAGCCGUGAGCCUGGCUUUCGAAUGGAGAGGGUCGGAAGUUGUAGACCCUACUUACGUCUGCCCUCUAGUCCGGAAGUACAUGCGCAAGAACCCGGAAGUGAGCGACGAGAGGGACGAGAAGGUUAAGGAGACCUUGUUGAUGGAUGUGGCGACAACAACGGAACUUAAAGUCCCGAUCUUCGAUUGUCACCAGCGUGCGUAAGCAGAGUGGGGCCGGUUGUUUGCCAGGGGAAGCCACAUUUCUCCUGCAUAAAUGACAAGGAGACCAAUCA